GAAAAUAUCAUCACACGAAUGCAAGAUGACAAAGCUGGUGGGGUGCCAAUCCGAACAGUGAAGAGCUUUCUGUCAAAGAUUCCCAGUGUCAUCACAGGUGCUGACAUUGUGCAGUGGCUGAUGAAAACCCUGACCAUUGAAGAUCAAGGUGAAGCAAUACACUUAGGGAGCCUCAUCGCUGCGCAAGGAUACCUGUUUCCUAUCUCAGAUCAUGUGCUGACAUUGAAGGAUGAUGGAACAUUUUACAGGUUUCAGGCUCCGUACUUUUGGCCAUCAAACUGCUGGGAGCCAGAAAACACAGACUAUGCCAUCUACCUGUGCAAGCGGACAAUGCAGAAUAAAGCAAGACUGGAACUUGCAGAUUAUGAAGCCGAAAAUUUGGCCAGGUUGCAAAGAGCAUUUGCACGAAAAUGGGAGUUCAUCUUUUUGCAAGCAGAAGCCCAAGUAAAAAUUGACAGGAAAAAGGACAAAACAGAACGGAAGAUUCUGGACAGUCAAGAAAGAGCUUUUUGGGAUGUUCAUCGACCUGUUCCUGGCUGCGUGAAUACCACUGAGAUGGACAUCAGGAAGUGCCGCAGGAUGAAAAACCCUAACAAAGUGAAGAAGUCAGUGUAUGGUGUUUCUGAAGACUCACAGAUGCACAGUCCUGUACAUACACUCGCACCAACAGCUAAACCACCUGCGAAAGAAGAUCUGAAGAAACAGAUAACCUUAUUAAAUAUACAGCUAGACAGGCAUUGUUUAAAAAUGUCCAAAGUAGCUGAAAGUUUGGUCAGUUAUUCAGAGCAGUACCUGGAAUAUGAUCCACUGCUGACACCACAGGAUCCAUCUAACCCAUGGAUCAGUGACGAUAGCACAUUCUGGGACAUGGAAGCCAGCAAAGAGCUCAACCAGCAGCGUGUGAAGAGGUGGGGAUUCUCCUUCGAUGAGGUGCUAAAGGAUCCUGCCGGACGGGAACAGUUUCUGAAGUUUCUAGAAUCCGAAUUCAGCUCCGAGAAUCUGAGGUUUUGGUUGGCAGCAGAGGAUCUGAAGAAACGCCCCCUGCUGGAAGUCCCAGACAAGGUUCAAGAAACCUGGCAGGAGUUUCUUGCUCCAGGAGCACCCAGUGCCAUCAACCUGGAUUCCCAUUCGUAUGAGAUAACCAGUCAGAAUGUCAAGGAUCCAGGAAGGUACACCUUUGAAGAUGCACAGGAACACAUCUAUAAACUGAUGAAAAGUGACAGUUAUGCUCGCUUUCUGCGUUCCAAUGGUUAUCAGGAGCUUUUACAAGCUAAGAAGAAGCCUGAAAAUGAGCAGGGUCGCAGAACCUCGCUGGAAAAAUUCACUCGCAGUGUGGGUAAGUCACUGACUGCUAAACGUCUUACUGGUCUCAUGCAAUCUUCCUGACAUCUGUCCAGAGCUGCCUUCUGCAGAAAGGGAAGGGCUUUUACCUGCACUCCUGGGAGUCACCAU